AGCAGCUUGAGCGAGACUCGACGGAUACAAGAUGACAGUCCCUGUAAUGUCGUCCCUAACGGACCUCGAUCACUGUCUAUCGCAGCUUCUUGAUCACAGCUCACCCCAGCUCCUCCUGUCGCACGUGAUCCAGCUACUUUGUCACCAGCUCAAAUCGGCGUUGUUAGAAACGCCCAAUGUCAUGACUCUCCAAUCACCCAUAACACUUGUGGGGGAUAUCCACGGACAGUACCAUGAUCUCUUGGAGAUCUUCCGUAUUGGAGGUCCGACACCUCACACAACGUACCUCUUUCUAGGUGAUUACGUCGAUAGAGGGUAUUAUUCUGUCGAAACCAUUUCCCUUUUGAUCUGUCUAAAACUACGAUACCCUGAUCGAAUUUUCUUGAUUCGAGGUAACCACGAGUCUCGUACUAUCACCACGAACUAUGGGUUCUACACUGAGGUUUUGAACAAGUAUGGAGGAAGCAGUGCGGUGUGGAGCUACGUUACCGAUGUUUUUGACUAUUUGCCAUUGGGAGCCAUCAUAGAUGGUCGUAUAUUUGCUACUCACGGAGGAUUACUGCCAAGCUGUCAACAGAUAGAUCAGAUCCGUGCAGUGGAUCGAUUCAAAGAGAUUCCGCAUGAUGGAAUAAUGGCAGAUUUGGUGUGGUCGGACCCGGAUCCGGAGAUCCUUGACUUCAAGUUAAGUCCACGGGGUGCUGGGUACUUGUUUGGAUCUGACGUGAUGCACAAGUUCUGUCAUGACAAUCUGUUGGUACAGCUUCUACGGGCUCAUCAGUUGUGUAAUGAAGGAUACGUAAGUUAUUGGCGAGGAAAAUGUGUAACAGUAUGGCUGGCCCCUAACUACUGUUAUAGGUGUGGUAACAAGGCCAGUGUGCUUGAAAUCAGUCAUUCCAACUUUGAUACUGGAAGCACUGAGAAACGUGAGGUACUUCCCGGACAAUUCUUUAAUGUAUUUGAGGCUUCACCACAAAAUGAUGAAGAUACCGUCAACGGGAAGCUGAUGAAUGGAGUGAACGAAUUUGAUGGACUGGCAUAUAUAAGGUCCAAGGAGAUUGAUUACUUUCUAUAGGCAUGAUGUAUAUUAAUGAUUAAUACAUGACGAAUGUGUGGAGUUUGUGGAACAUGGAUAUUAUGAUGAACUCAGCGUGUCGAGGAAGUCUUUCUUGGUGGUAUAGAAACUGGAAGGCUCUUCUUAAGUAGGUCGAUUAAAUAUGUUUACGAAUAAUAGAGCUCAAAGUUGAAUCCAUCGUGCACCUCAUAGUCAUCGAGGGUGAUGUGGUUCUUGAAGAUUUGGUUUCCCUUUUUCAAAACAAUCUUUUCAUGGUUCGUGCCGAUUUGUAGUGAGAGGAUCUUCUUAAAGUCACCAAUAGUGUCAGACGGAAGGCACUUGACUUUGAUCUUCUUACCAAGUCUAUCGUUCACUGAGACUUCUAU